CAUUGGCUGGCGCGACUCAAGUGUCUCAUAGCUCAAAGAGAGAUGUACUUCGAGGUGUUUUAGACAGACUUCGCCCCGUCAGAACAUAUUUCAAUGCAGAUUCAGGCGCGCAAUAUUGGAUCUCCCGUAGGCUACCUCGUAUGAAGCACAAACUAUACAUCCGAAAUUGAAAAUAGAACGCAUGCACUCCCAAACAGGACAUUCAAUGGCCGAGAUUUAUUUCCCAAGUCGGCAUUGAGCAAUUCCGUACAUGCGCUAUUGGGCUACAGGAUUUUGGGGUAAACGAAUCCAAGUGGACCGCGUAGAAAUAGCUUGUGGAUGUUAUCCCAAUACCUUGGGCAAUGUGCAUUGAACUGUACUAUUUGGGUAUAGUUCAAAUACGCUGGAUAAGACAUCAUCCAUUCGCAGUGCUAUCAAAAUGCUAUAGCGAGGAGGAAAAAUGCUGUGUCACAUUUGGAGGCCACUCACGCGCAUCCCGUGCCAGCCAGUCUGAGCCAGAGCCAGUGCAUGCGCUCAGUGCGCCAUCGAUGAUGUUGUUGGAUAUAUCCAGUCUGGUCGACUAAACCGGCGAUGUAUUUACCACGCUAUGUGUUAUAACAUUUUUAAAAUCGACAUAGUCACGUACAGCCACUGGACUUUUCAUUCAAUCUAUGUAGCCUACAGUAGCGCUGGUGAACAUUAUGUUCUAUGUAGGAGGAGGUGGUGGGUAGCCUAUGCAAUUUCAGUUGUCGGCGUACUGAUCCCAUUUUGGAACACAUGAUGUUUACUCUUACCGAGGUAGCCGCCCUGAAUGACAUCCAGCCAACCUAUCGGAUCCUGAAACCAUGGUGGGACGUCUUUAUGGACUACCUGGGCGUCGUCAUGCUGAUGCUAGCCAUAUUUUCUGGAACCAUGCAGUUAACCAAAGACCAGGUGGUUUGCCUUCCUAUCCUGGAACCAGCUUCAGAGGACCCCAGCGGCUUCACAACACCGCAGCCAGCGGAGGGGUCUGGUUCUGGGUCAGGGAACGGAGGAAGUAGGGUGACGCUAGCCGCCACUCCCCUAGUGACUAAGGAUCUACCGGAUAGUGUUGUUCAUCAGAUUCACUUUACACAUUCUGGUGGUGUUAGACAGCAGCCUCUGCCAACAGGCAUCAGGACAAACCUGGACUUUCAGCAAUAUGUUUUUGUCAAUCAGAUGUGCUACCAUGUCGCCCUGCCAUGGUAUUCCAAAUACUUCCCAUACCUUGCUCUCAUACACACCAUCGUCCUCAUGGUCAGCAGUAACUUCUGGUUCAAAUAUCCAAAGACAUGUUCGAAAAUAGAACAUUUUGUGGGGAUUCUGGGGAAGUGUUUUGAGUCUCCUUGGACGACCAAGGCAUUAUCUGAGACGGCAUGUGAGGACUCAGAGGAGAAUAAGCAAAGGCUCACUGGUGCCCCUUUCCUGCCAAAACAUUUCUCAACAAGCAGUGAAGAGGGAAGUCCUAACCAGUCCACCCCGAUGCUGGCAAAGUCUGGGGUCAAGUUCACUGCUGAUAAGCCUGUCAUUGAAGUCCCAUGCAUGACCAUACUAGACAAUAAAGAUGGAGAGCAAGCCAAGGCCCUAUUUGAAAAGGUUAGGAAAUUCCGUACCCACGUGGAAGACAGUGAUUUGAUCUACAAGCUCUACGUUGCCCAAACAGUGAUCAAAACUGUGAAGUUCAUUUUGAUUUUGUGUUACACAAUGACGUUUGUUGCUGCCAUUGACUUUGACCAUGUGUGUGAGCCUGACAUAAAACAUUUAACUGGAUACACUAAAUUCCAAUGCACACAUAACAUGGCAUUCAUGUUAAGGAAGCUGCUUGUCAGCUAUAUUUCCCUCGUGUGUAUAUACGGCCUCAUCUGUAUAUACACUCUCUUCUGGCUCUUUCGACGACCUCUCAAGGAGUACUCUUUCGAGAAAGUCAGGGAGGAGAGUAGCUUCAGUGACAUUCCUGACGUGAAGAACGACUUUGCGUUUCUCUUGCACAUGGUCGAUCAGUACGACCAGCUGUACUCUAAGCGUUUUGGUGUCUUCCUCUCUGAAGUCAGUGAGAACAAGCUGCGGGAGAUCAGCUUGAAUCACGAGUGGACAUUCGAGAAACUGAGACAGCAUGUAACCCGCAACGCUCAGGACAAACUGGAGCUCCAUCUCUUCAUGCUGUCAGGUUUGCCAGACGCUGUCUUUGACCUGACAGAUCUGGAGAUCCUGAAGCUGGAGCUGAUCCCAGAGGCCAGGAUAACAGCCAAGAUCUCCCAGAUGAUCAACAUUCAGGAGCUACACUUCUACCACUGUCCUGCCAAAGUCGAGCAGACCGCGUUCAGUUUCCUUCGUGACCACCUCCGGUGCCUUCAUGUCAAGUUUACGGAUGUAGCCGAGAUCCCCACUUGGGUGUACCUGUUGAAAAGUCUGAGGGAGCUGUACUUGGUCGGGAAUCUGAAUUCUGAAAACAACAAGAUGAUCGGUUUAGAAUCUCUCAGAGACCUGAGGCAUCUAAAGAUUCUGCAUCUAAAAAGCAAUUUGACGAAGGUCCCGACCAACAUAACAGAUCUCUCUCCACACCUGAUCAAGCUGGUGGUACACAAUGAUGGUACUAAACUCCUGGUACUGAACAGUUUGAAGAAAAUGAUGAACCUAGCUGAACUAGAGCUUCACAACUGUGAACUGGAGAGGAUACCCCAUGCUAUUUUCAGUUUGACCAACCUGCAGGAGCUGGACCUGAAAUCCAACAACAUUCGUACCAUUGAGGAGGUCAUCAGCUUCCAGCACCUCAAGAGGCUGAUCUGCCUCAAACUGUGGCACAAUAAAAUCAUUACCAUUCCAUUGUCAAUAAUCCAUGUCAAAAACCUUGAGUCCCUCUACCUUUCUCACAAUAAACUUGAAUCUCUGCCCGUACCCUUGUUUAACCUGCUCAAGCUGAGGUAUCUGGACAUUAGCCACAACUCCAUAGCGGUGAUUCCGCUGGAGAUUGGUUUUAUGCAGAACCUCCAGCACUUUGCCAUUACAGGCAACAAGGUGGAGGUAGUACCCAAGCAGCUGUUUAAGUGCACCAAACUGAGGACACUAAGUCUGGGACACAAUUGUAUUGCCGUCCUUCCAGAGAAGAUCAGCAAUCUGGUGCAGCUAACAAACCUGGAGCUGAAGGGAAACUGUCUGGACCGCCUGCCGCCCCAGCUAGGCCAGUGUCACCUCCUCCGCAGGAACUGCCUGUUGGUGGAGGACCACCUGUUUGACUCACUCCCCCUAGAGAUCAAGGAGAGUAUCAAUCAGGAAGCCAACGUGCCCUUUGCUAAUGGGGUGUGAGUGUGGCAGGACAGUGAGAGUCACUUUACCCAUACAGGAGUGGGAUUACAAAAAUGAGACAACUGUCCACAGUCAAUGUUUGUAAUUACAACAAGUUAACUGAAAGAAAGGUUUUUGCUCAGGGCUGACUCGUCGUGAAAGAACAUUAUGUUUUAGACGGGUAUAAAAUGGCACUGUGAUCACUCAUUAUGAAAGAAGAUCCCAGGUACUGUGGAAAAAGCCAUAAGUAUGGUCUAGUUACAAAAUGGUAGGUUAGUUCCACAGUUAUGGGCUGGUUCCAUAGUGAUGGCCUGGUUCAAGAGUGAUGGUCUGGUUCAAGAGUGAUGGUCUGGUUCAAGAGUGAUGGUCUGGUUCAAGAGUGAUGGUCUGGUUCAAGAGUGAUGGUCUGGUUCAAGAGUGAUGGUCUGGUUCAAGAGUGAUGGUCUGGUUCAAGAGUGAUGGUCUGGUUCAAGAGUGAUGGUCUGGUUCAAGAGUGAUGGUCUGGUUCAAGAGUGAUGGUCUGGUUCAAGAGUGAUGGUCUGGUUCAAGAGUGAUGGUCUGGUUCAAGAGUGAUGGUCUGGUUCCAGAGUGAUGUGCUAGUUCCAGAAUGAUGGACUGGGCUGUAAUCAUUUGUCCAAACAGUUGCAAAACAGAAUAUUUUGCAACUAAAACUAGUGUUUCUAUUGGACAAUUCAGGUAGGUCCUUCCCCGUUUCAUUCCAUUUGCUUCUGUUUAAGAAAUGUUUUGCAACAGAAUCGGCGUAAUGACUACAUCCCUGGUUCCAGAAUGAGGGUCUGGUCCCAGAGUGACGGCUAGUUCUAGAAUGACGACCAUGUUUGUGUUAGACCACAAAAUUAUUAGUCAAUGUUCUGAGGAAAAUGGAUGCUCCUCUUAAUUAUGGAACAGAGAAUGGUGGUGUAGAAUUUAUAGAUGUGAGGGAUACAUGGUCUGAUGAGAUUUUAUGUUUGUUUUCUUUUGUUUUCUUUGUUUUAUAGCAACAUUUUAUGGACAUUUUUUUGCGUGUCAAAAAAGAUACGUCAAAUAACACUUUGUCGUGUCAAAUAACACGUUGUCGUGUCAAAUAACACUUUGUCGUGUAAAAUAAGCUUGUUGACCAAUCAGGACCUGAAUAUGACUGCACGUCACAUAAUAAUUUAAUGUGUUCAUAAUUUGUUUUGCGUAGUUAUUACACAUUGAUUACACUCACUCGUAUUUCAUAUGUCACAACGAUUCAUCGAUACGUAUGCUAUGAUACUAGUACAGUGCUGGUCAUAAAAAAGCUAGCUAGCUCAUGGAUGCAAACAAUGUCUUCCCCAAAAACAUAGCAAAACGACAUAAUCUGUUUCAGUAGCUAUAAUUAGCUAGCGAACUAUAUAGCUAGGUAUCAUCAUCUAAAAUAACCCUAAUUUACAAGACAUUUCUUAUUUGAUUAAUGGUGGUCGGACCCAUCUAUGUGAAGCUAGCCACAAUAAGGAUUAGCCACAAUAGUGGACUUUGCAGUUAGCCUUCAAAAUAAAAGUAUGUCAAUGACAGUGUUGCAAAUGAAUACAAAUUGUAGAAUUAUGCCAUAAUUGAAUACAUCAUGAUAAACGAGUUUGGAAUGGUAUAUAAAAUCAACAAAAUACAAUAAUUUGUUAAUUUGACAAAAAUUUGUUGAAAUCACACUGGAUGUAUUAGACUUUAGAAUUUCAUUGGGGCAUACUUAUUUCACUGUACAGCCUUACCUAAGGAUUGUGGAUCAAUGACAUGGGGUAUCAGUCUACUCAGUGACACACAGAGAACAUUAGCAUCGUAGUUCUUAUUGUAGGACUCUGAAACUGUGAAUUGAGACACAUUUAUUGUCAACCUAUGUGUAUUGAACACUAUUCCAGAGGAAAAAUAAUACUGUGUGGAUGUUUGAACCUGAUAACUCUGAGGAGGAUGUUGGGGAAAAAUGUAUUGAGUAGACUGAUACCCCAUUUCAUUGAUCCCCAAUCCUUAGGUAAAGCUGUACGGUGCAAUAUGAAUGUCAAUACACACAAUAGGCUGACUAGGGAGGUGAUUUCACACAGUCACACUCCUGCGAUAAGAGCUACAACACUAAUACUUGCGUAAACUCUUCACAGUUGUGUUCUAUGGGUGUCACCAAGUAGACUGAUACCCCAUUUAAUUGCUUCACAUUCCAACCUUGUUUAACAUGAUCUAGUCUAAAUAUGGCAUGAUUCUUCCAAUUGCAACCUUCUGCAUUCUUUCAAAUAGGUACUUUUAUUUUGAA